CCGAAACAGACGGGACUUGUAUCUUGCCUCUCCUAUUUUUGUUUGAUUUGUAUUGCUCGUGCUGAUCGACCUCCCGUAGGAACUUGUUGACGAUGGGCAGCUUGCUAUUCGAUGCCCCACUGCAGCCACUGGACCCCGAGGCCUUCGUGGACGACUCGCGCGCCGUGGUGGAUUUCCUCGCCGAGUACUACCGCGACGUCGACAAGUACCCGGUCCGGGCGGCCGACCUCGAGCCGGGUAGGCUACGCGAGCUGCUCCCCGAGGCGGCGCCGGAGCUUGGGGAGCCGAUGGAGGAUGUACUGGAGGACGUGCGGAAGGACAUCCUGCCGGGGCUCACACACUGGCAGAGCCCCAGCUUCUUCGCCUACUUCCCCUCGAACGCGAGUGCCGCCGGGUUCGCUGGGGAGAUGCUCUCGGCCGGCCUCAACGUCGUGCCGUUCGUGUGGGCCGCGUCGCCGGCCGCCGCCGAGCUCGAGGGCGUCGUGAUGGACUGGAUGGGUAAGCUGCUCGGUUUGCCACGCCGGUUACUCUUCUCGGGCGGCGGCGGAGGUGUCCUGCAGGGGAGCACGUGCGAGGCCGUGGUGUGCACGCUCGCUGCCGCGCGGGACCGCGCGCUGGUCAGGCUGGGGCACGAAGUCAUCAUGAAGCUGGUAGUCUACGCAUCUGACCAGACGCACGCCACCUUCCAGAAGGGCGCGCGGCUUGUCGGCAUCCCGCCCUCCAACUUCCGCGUCAUUCAGACGUCGGCGGCCUCCGGGUACGGCCUGACCGCCGGCGCCGUCCGCGCCGCAGUCGAUCGUGACGUCGCCCGAGGUCUGGUGCCGUUGUACCUCUGCGCCACGGUAGGUACGACGGGGCUCGGCGCGGUCGACCCCGUGCGCGAGCUUGGGGAGGUGGCGCGGCGCCACGGAAUGUGGCUGCACGUCGACGCCGCGUACGCCGGUAGCGCGGCCAUCUGCCCGGAGUUCCAGGGAUACCUCGACGGCGUCGAGCUCGCUGACUCGGUGAGCAUGAACCCGCACAAGUGGUUCCUCACCAACAUGGACUGCUGCUGCCUGUGGGUGGCGAAACCCAGUGCCCUCAUCGCCGCGCUGUCCACCGACCCAGAGUACCUCAAGAACGUUGGCACAGGAGGCGGCACCGCGAAGCCGGCCGCCAUCGACCACAAGGACUGGCAGAUCUCUCUGUCGCGCCGAUUCCGCGCCAUCAAGCUUUGGGUAGUCCUGCGGCGCUACGGCGCGGACGGCCUGCGCACACACAUUCGGCAGCACGUCACAGCGGCCAAGUGGUUCGAGCGGGUGGUAGCAGCGGACGAGCGUUUCGAGGUGGUGGCGCCGAGGAGGUUCUCCCUGGUAUGCUUCCGCAUCCGGCCAAGCUUCGCGGGGGACGGAACCGUGGACAACGUAAACCGGGAGCUCCUUGCGGUGGUGAAUGCGAGCGGGCGGGCGUUCAUGACGCACUUCGUGGUGGACGGUAAGUUCGUGAUCCGGCUAGCCGUCGGCGGUGCCGCGACGGAGAUGCGGCACGUCAGGGACGUGUGGGAGCUGCUGCAGCACAAAGCCGAGGACGUUUUACAGCGCUAUCAAUCAUAGUGGAUAUGGAGUCCGAUAGCAAAGCCGUUCGGUUCGACUGCACCCGUCGGGUUCGAGCUCCGUGUGUCGCACACUCCGUCAAAAAAGACUAGCAAAGCCUCCGGCAAGGGUUCAGUAUUAAAAUAAAAGUAUUUCAAGCACGAAUGUAUUUUUUAUUUGGAAUAAGCUCAUUUUACUCCUUACAAAUGUAUUUUUUAUUUGAAAGAAGUUCAUUUUAAUACCGAAUCACUUUACCCAUUAGCUGGUUUCCACGGCAGUUUCUAAUUUUUAAUUAGGUAAUUUUGUAUUUAGAUCUCUAACCUUUUUUAUUUUCAAAAAAACCCUUGUUUUUUACAUUUACCUUUUUGUAGUUUUAUUUAUUUACAUAUAAGUUAUAAAAUUUUACAAAUAAACUCCUAGACUUUUUCUAUUUUUACUAAAUAGCCCCUACCUUUUUAAAAAAGGCCACUUUACCUUCAAACCUUUAAACUUUUUCAUAUGAGCUCCGUUUUAGUCGAUUCUUGUGCUCACACGAUCGUAGCAAAGAGUACUUUCUGUUAACGGGGUUUUUUUUAGCACUUUGCUACUGUUUGAUGUACUUUUCUUAGUUAUUUAUAUUUUUUCUUUUGUCGGUUA